CGCCGCCCCAUCAAUCCACUCGCUUGGCUCCACGACUGAAGAUCCACGACAAAUGCUGACCUGCGACACGCCUGCUCAGCCCACCAGUAAACACAUACAUUGUACAGUUGUAGGCACUGCAGUGGUGGUACAGUAUCUUCUGUCUCACCGCCCUUCAACAGCAGACCAACAUACAUCGCUCACUACCAAUUCCUCCUUCAACAAACAUCUGUGCUAAUCACUUCACUCAUCAUCUUUGUUCUGGUGACGACUCCCGCCUCCAAUCCGAGUCUCCACUCGUUACUUCUGACACCUCCCCACACGACUUGCGACGCGUUGCGUUGCGUUGCGUAGGGUGUCGCUUGGCCUCAGCGCCCCAGUCUUGCAUUGGCUGGCCGACCGACCGACCGACCGUUUAGACACCGCAGUCACUAUUCAUCAAUCAAGUUCUCCCACGGCCGUGCUUUUUGCGUCGAUCGAGUUCGCACCCGACUCCGACGCAACGAAGACUGACCGACUGCACUGUCGUUGAUGUGAAGAACGAACUCGUCGCUGUGGAUUGAAUCGAGCAACCCCGGGGCGCAACAGUAAGAGUUGAAUUGUAGCAGGAUCAGGAGGCAAGACAAAGACAGGCGGUCCUGAGACAACGCUGCAGCAAGCAAGCAGCCAGCCAGCCAGCCAGCCGGACCCCUGCGCUGCGUGACCUUUCCGUCGCUCAACAACAGUCUACAAGACUUUGUCUCUGUCUUGUUCGUUCUCUUGUUACCAUGCAAGAAGACAGAAAUACAAAAAUGAAGAGUCGGCCACAAGUCUACCCAAAAGCGAGCUUCCACAUCAUCCGAGGCAUCGCAUUUGUUUGUGCCAGUAUUGUCUCAGGGAUAUUGAUUUAUUUUUGUAUUCAGUUGAGGCAUGAUGGGUUCAAGUUGCCUUGGACGUUUAUUAUUGUCCUCGCAUCGACCCUCUCAUCCCUCCUCGCUCUUCUCCUCUCAGCCAUAAUCUACGCCUGCGCCUUCCUCUCACCCCUAUUCAACCUCUUCAUGAACAGUCUCAUCCUCAUUUUGUGGAGUAUCGGCUUGGGUCUUCUCACAUGGAACAUGUACGGCACAUUGGGGCACAGCUGCAGUCGAGCAAACUGGGCCUCCGACGCCGGCAUGUCCAUCUGCCGCAUCUACAAGGCCCUCUACUCAUUUGCCAUCUUUGGCUGGCUCGCCCAAGUGGCCCUGGUCAUUCUCGACAUCCGCAGUCGUCGCGCCCAGACUGCUUUGGGGAAAUACGACAAGAUGACGGGCCAAUAUGAGAAUCAGAAGUUACUUGACAAUUCGGAUUUGAAACUCGAUUCUUUGCAUCGGAGCACGGAGAGUACGAGUACCAGCAAUAGUGUACAACCUGCCAACAAUUUUUUGACAGCCCCGAAUGGCAACAACGCCGACGGCAGAAGAGCUGUCGGUGAGGAUGAUGCAGCGGCGCCGCCGUAUGGGCUGUCAGAUUUCGAACAUGCUGGUCGCAGCAGGAAUAACGGUGGGUAUACCAGGACACGAGGAGGAACUAUGGGUACUUCGUCUGGGCCAAGUCCGUACAACAACACCAGUCCUACCAGGAGCAAUGGCGGGCGUACAGGCGGCGGCGCAGCCUACCCAUCAACACAAAUGGACAGCAGCCCUUACAAUAAUCGAUUCGCGCCGAGAACGGGUCACGCUGAUCCUGGAUAUGGAUAUGGCUACGGACAGGAUUAUGAUGCAUACAGGGACGGAUAUCGACGGUGAAGAAAGAACGAAGAAAGCCGAAGAAACCGAGUAUACAGCAAAAUAUAUCUUUUGACACACUGCAGUCGCAAAAAGUGAUGUGAUGGGUAUCAUAUGUGGUAUCUUCCUUACUAUACCAGUACCUAUUUCUAGAAGUCACAGUCCCCCUCCCGUCACAGUCAUGAUCUCGUUUCGAUGGUGAUUUGGAUACUCUUAGAAAUAAAACUGAGCCACUGCACUUUGCCAGAUGGAGUAGAAAUUUAUGUAUACCCAGUCUACCACGUGUAGAUGCAACCGUCGAACCAUCCGAGUACCAUACCAACCGUGUCAUGAGCACGACCACGACUCGGAGCAAACCAAGACCAAGACCAAAACCAAACCCCUAAAAAGUGAAAGCUCAGGAAAAAAAAAUAAUAACUUCGUUCAACCGCCUUCAAGUGGUUCAC